CUCCUUUCUCUCCCUCUCUUUUGCAAUGGCUACAUCAGCUCCAGUUACAGCAGGGGACAGAGACAGCUCUGAAGGUUACCGCUCGCUAGUUGAUCCAGCAGAAAUAUUCACAUACUUCACAGAGAAGGCCUGGGACGUACCGCAGAUAAUUGGCUCUUUCUCUUUGCUCAAAGACAAACUGGGCAUAGAUAAGGAGGCGUAUGGAGUCUCCCUUUAUCACUCUUUGAAGAGCAAACUAACGCACUGGAAGGCAAAGACCCUCUGGGAGCUUCUGGACAAGAAAGUUCAACUUAACGAGUAUAAGAACCAAAAGGCGUGUCAAGGUACCUCGGUAUGCGUUGUUGGGUGUGGUCCCGUUGGGAUGAGGUUUGCUAUUGAGGCUGCAUUGCUAGGCUGUGACAUUGUCGUUGUGGAGAAGCGACCUUAUUUCUCUCGCAACAAUGUUUUGCAUUUGUGGCCAUUCACUAUUGACGACUUGAAGAGGCUAGGGGCUAAGAAGUUUUAUGGACAGUUUUGUGCUGGCUCUCUUGAUCAUAUCAGCAUCAGAUCGCUCCAGUCAAUACUACUAAAGACCUCACUCAUGUUUGGGGUAAGGAUUUAUUUCGGCAUCGAGUUCGUUAAAAUUAAAGAACCCGGGGGUGGGAGGGCAUGGCAUGCUGACUUUCUCCCUAGCAACCAUCCACUUAACGACAUAGACUUUAGUGUCCUGGUUGGUGCGG